GGACUGUGGCUGCAGGAGGCAGGAAAGAAAAAGAGUGGGGUGCUGGGCUGCUCCUCUCUGCUGGGCACUGCUGCUCCGGUCGAUGUUUCCCUGUUGUUUGGUGCAUGAUUAGAGAAGAGGAGGAGUUGGAACCAGCGAGUGUCAGAGGCAGGAGAUAGGGGGGUUUGCGCUGCUGCUGGUGGGGGCCCUUUCUCUGCCUCUCUUCCUCCCCGGCUGUAGCAUCUAGAGCUCUCCCGGCGUUGGCUCUGCUGUCCCCGGGUGGGGGCUCGCAGGCAGAGGGCGCGUGCCUCCCUCGCUCCGUGGUGCGGGGUGUGUGUGUGUUUUCGGGGGGUGGGGGUUGUGUCUGAACCAGUUAGGAAGAAUGACUCUGGAGUCCAUCAUGGCGUGCUGCCUGAGCGAGGAAGCCAAAGAAGCCAGGCGGAUCAACGAUGAGAUCGAGAGGCAGCUCCGCCGGGACAAGCGGGACGCCCGCCGGGAGCUCAAGCUGCUGUUGCUGGGUACGGGAGAAAGUGGCAAAAGCACAUUCAUCAAACAGAUGAGAAUCAUCCAUGGAUCAGGAUACUCUGACGAAGACAAAAGGGGUUUCACAAAACUCGUGUAUCAGAAUAUAUUUACAGCAAUGCAAGCUAUGAUCAGAGCUAUGGAUACACUCAAAAUCCCAUACAAGUAUGAACACAAUAAGGCCCAUGCACAGUUAGUUCGAGAAGUUGAUAUAGAGAAGGUAUCAGCAUUUGAGAAUCCCUACGUAGAUGCAAUAAAGAGUUUAUGGAAUGACCCUGGGAUCCAAGAGUGUUAUGACAGACGGCGGGAAUAUCAGCUAUCGGACUCAACUAAAUACUAUCUUAACGACCUGGACCGUAUAGCAGAACCUGCCUAUCUGCCCACCCAACAAGAUGUGCUUAGAGUUCGAGUCCCAACAACAGGGAUCAUUGAAUAUCCAUUCGACUUACAAAGCGUCAUUUUCAGAAAUGGUUUGCUGAUGUCAGAUGAAGUUAUGAUACAGGUCUAUGGUUAUGAAGGCCCAACUGGAAAUAAAAAUGAUUUCAAUUUAAUUAUUUUUAACCGAAUGGAGGAAAGCAAAGCACUGUUUAGGACAAUUAUCACAUAUCCGUGGUUCCAGAACUCUUCGGUCAUUCUGUUCUUAAAUAAAAAAGAUCUUCUAGAGGAGAAAAUUAUGUACUCGCAUCUAGUUGACUAUUUCCCAGAGUAUGAUGGACCCCAGCGAGAUGCACAGGCGGCACGAGAGUUCAUUUUGAAGAUGUUCGUGGACCUGAAUCCUGACAGUGACAAAAUUAUCUACUCUCACUUCACAUGUGCUACAGACACAGAGAAUAUCCGCUUCGUCUUUGCUGCUGUCAAGGACACUAUCCUACAGUUAAACCUGAAGGAGUACAACCUGGUCUAACUGUGCCUAGUAGGCCCCCCAAAAUUCCCUUCGGGCAAUUGAAGAUAUACAAGAGGGACUGUAUUAUCUGUGAAAACGACUUGCAUAAUACUAAUUUAUUGCCGGCCUGGACUCUGUGAAUGUUCACAGAGUUUGUAGUAAAUAUUAUGAUUUUAUUUAAACUAUAUUGAGGAAAAACAAAAGAUGCUGAAAUACAUUCACAGCAUGUUUCCUCAUUUUUUUAGGCAAAACCUUGUGACUCAGUGUGUUUUAAAUUCUCAGUCAUGCACUCACAAAGGCUAGGGUUUUUUUUGCUAUUGAGGGAAAAUCAAGCUGAUUUCCCCUUUCCCUGACUCUUUCUUUCUCACUCUCUCCCUUUUCCUCCGCUGCAUUUUAUUAUUGUUUUCAAAGGUACAAUGGCCUUUUUUUUCCAGUUGCAUUCCUUGGCAAACUGUUUUCUCUACAGUGAUCUGAUCAGGAAAAUACUAUCAUCACAAUUUAAGCCAUCAAUCAUUCUAAUUUUACAGUAUGUACUUUUUCUGAAAGAUCAAAAGUAUUGAUACUGUGAUUUUAAAAUUCUUGACAUGGAUAUUUUGCAAACUGUCUUCACACUGUGGGCUAGGAUAUUGGGAUCAAAAACAGCAGUUGUAGUAACAUGGAUUUUAACUUUAGCUAUAACAUGGCAAAUCAGAACGAUGCAUAGAAGACAGUAAUAAAAUGACAAAGGCAAAAUGGGGAUGUGGAAUAUGAUCGAAUUUCUUUUUAAUUGCCAUGUGUCCUUUCUUCUUUCUUUUCUUUCAAAUCACAGAUGCCAAACAAAAAUGCCAUAGACACUACAUUUUCCCCAGCGGCUGCAGCCUGAAACAGU